GUCAGAUCGGAGGGAGGGGGGCAGAGGCGUGUGUUCACCUUGCAAAGUUCUACACACAGUUUUUCUAGACACAGCUACAUAUUGGUGUCCUGCUUUUCAGCCCGUGGCCAUAUUCAGAUAAUAACUUUUGUCUGACGUUACUUCGCUCGGAGCGAUAUGUGCGCAGUGAGUAAAGUACAAUAGACGCGUUUAUUCGCCAGGACACCGGCUCGCCUAACAAGAACCCACGGCCUUGUCUACCGAGAAGCUGCAAGCACAGCUCCCCGAGACUUAUACAUAUUCUCAUAACUACAUGUAAAGAACACUCGGCAUAUGUGACAGCUCCACGCAAUGACAGCCUUGUGAAGAGUAACAAAAAAAUCACGCUAAGUCCCAAAAAUACUUAUCCCUUGUAAAACAACAUAGGGAUAGUCACUGACAACAAGGUCUUGUCUUGUCGACAUAUCUUGUUAGAUCAUAACAGAGAUAGCGAGAGAACCGAGUCGUGUUUGCGGAAAAUUUUUCCCUCCACUUUUGUGACUUGAGGAUCGCAUUGCUGUCCCCUCUCUUUACCAUUGUCCUGUCGCUAGAAUAUUCAUGUUGGAAACCCAUGGGGAAACGAUUGGUUAAUGCCUCGUAAAGACCAAAAAAGAUAGCAGCCCUUAUCAAACCGAGCCCUCGGGGUCGUUCCGAUAUCUUUGAAUGCUUAAAACACGGCCCAGAAAGGGGGUCUCCUUUUUACCGUAGGCCCUGGAUUGUUCGCUCGGCAUUUUGAACCUCUCCCCCGUCUUUGUUUGGCCACGAAACGCGUUAACGAGAAAAUUGGUGUUGAGACAACAAUCCUGCUAAUGUGAAAUUCAGUAACUUAAUGAUGGGGAUUAGGAAAGGAUAUGUUGUUCUACUUGUUUACGGGUGGAGACAACAGGCGUGUUUACCUGGGUACGAGGUCGGUCCGUUCCGGGUGGAUUUGGAGGAGGAUUGCCGGGUGGGGGGUCCAUUUAGCCGCGAGAACACACUCUCCUAUCCGCGUACGUCAGUCAGAAGCGCGCUGCGACCGGGCAGCUCCCAGGGCCAGCAUGCGCCUAUGUGAAGGCUUGUACUUUCUCAUCCUGUGGGUUCAACUCUCGCACCCCUUGCACUUAGUGAGUGCUUCCCGUCUCCCCUUCUCGCCACCCACUGACUGUAGGGCCGAAACCUUGAACCAAAUUUCCCACAGGGCGGUGGGCAGCCCGCUCGUUAUGGACCACCGGUCGAUCUGCAGAAAGACCCGCCGACUCAUCGGCAAGCAGGCCGAGAUCUGCCGCAAGGAGCCCGAGAUCGUGCAUGAAGUCAUCAAGGGCGCCAAGCUCGGCACGGGGGAGUGCCAGUUCCAGUUUAAGGAGAGGAGAUGGAACUGUUCCACCGCGGAUAAAUUCUUCGGGAGGAUUCUCAACCAAGACCGCGGAAGAGGGAACGAUUGGUGGCGAAAUUUGCAAGAUAUACGUGAGACGGCGUUCGUGUACGCCGUGACGUCAGCGGGCGUGACGUUCGCGGUGACGCAGUCCUGCAGCAUGGGCGAGCUGCUGCAGUGCGGCUGCGACUACCAGAUGAAGGGAGAGAGCCCGGAUGGAAGCUGGGAGUGGGGGGGAUGCGGAGACGACAUCGACUUCGGCUACACAAAGUCCCGAGAGUUCAUGGACGCCCAGACCAGACACAGAUCCGAUAUCAGAACACUCCUGACGCUACAUAACAACGAGGCGGGAAGACUGGCUGUGAAGAACUUCAUGCGGACGGAGUGCAAGUGCCACGGACUGUCUGGCUCAUGCGCAGUAAAGACGUGUUGGAAAAAGAUGCCGAUAUUCCGGGAGGUCGGGGUCCGGCUAAAGGAGAGGUUUAACGGCGCUUUCCAAGUCAUGGGCUCCAACAACGGCAAAUAUCUCAUACCCGUCGGGGACACUAUCAAAGCCCCCACGGCAGAGGACCUCGUGUAUACGAACGAGUCGCCGAAUUUUUGCAAAAGGAACAGAAAAACAGGGUCGCAAGGGACCAAAGGUCGGGCUUGUAACGCCACGUCCAUGGGGAUCGGCGGCUGUGACUUGUUGUGUUGUGGGAGAGGGUACAAGGAGAGACAGGUGGUCGUGGAAGAAAACUGCAAGUGUCGCUUUCACUGGUGCUGCGUAGUCAAGUGCUCCAAAUGCACGGCGGUCAAAACUGUGCACGAGUGUUUAUGAGCGAGGCGUUCCCUCCCCGAGGAUUAUAUAUUGUGUAUUCUCAAGCUUCUGUCCACUACUGACUACCGUAAGAGUGUAGCUGACAACGCUUGCCAAGACGGGAAGGAAGACUGGCUCCGGUUGCCGUCAGAGGAGAGAGGGAUUCUGAGGCUCAUCCCGACUUGGUUUUAAAGCGAAGUGAGAGCGAUCUUAAUGUUUGUCUGACCCUGAUAAAAGCACCGUCGUUU